UCUGUCAUCUUUAUGUUUUUAGCUUUGCCUGACUGUCAAGCGGCUGCUGUCAACCUGCCUCUGUUGGCGCUAGCAGGCUAGCAUAAAUCAAUUGUUUAGCUUUUAGUAAUGACUUCUCUACUACCUCAGUGACAUUUAGUCAGCGUUAAUAUCACGAAGCUGUAACUGCUGAAGGAAAUGGGGCUGCCACAGAGCUCGUUUUUGUCGGACGGGGGAACUUAUAGUGGAUAUCAUGUCCACGGGGUUCAAGAGCACUCCCCAGCUCUUAAGGCUGGUCUGGAACCCUUCUUUGACUUCAUUCUCUCCAUCGGAAAUACCCGACUUAACAAAGAAAGCGAUUUGCUGAAAGAUCUUCUAAAAGCCAAUGUGGAGAAAGCGGUCAAACUUGAAGUGUACAAUUCUAAAACCCAGCGGGUGAGGGAACUGGAGGUGAUACCCAGUAACAUGUGGGGUGGUCAGGGUCUGCUGGGUGCUAGUGUCCGCUUCUGCAGCUUUGAAGGAGCCAAUGAGAAUGUUUGGCACGUCUUGGAUGUGGAAACCAGUUCCCCUGCAAGUUUGGCCGGCCUCAUUGCUUACGAUGACUUUAUCGUGGGAGCUGACCAGGUGUUGCAAGAUUCAGAGGAUUUCUUUUCUUUAAUUGAAGCCAAUGAGGGGAAACCUUUAAAGCUGCUGGUGUACAACACACAGACUGAUCAAUGCAGAGAGGUGGUGGUGACUCCAAACGGAGCAUGGGGAGGAGAGGGAAGCUUAGGUUGUGGCAUUGGUUAUGGCUAUUUGCACAGAAUCCCAACUCGUUCACCUCCGCCUAACACACAGAGUGAAGAUGUUGUGCAAUCCCCGCUGAUUGACAGCAGUGAAGAAGUGGUUGCAAGUGACCACAUUGACCCAGAGGUGCCUUCAGUGGAUGCAUGUAGCCCGUCCAGCGUCAGUGAAAUAGUUUUGAAUCAAGUCGAAGAAGCUGUGCAGGACUUGUUUGUACCCGUACCUACUCAGCCAGCUGUGGACUUCGAUAUUUCCAACAUACCUGAAGCAAUGACUCCAGACUCUACCUAUGACCUGGGCCAGAGCUCCAUGUUUGCUAAUUAUGGAGAUGACUCUGGUGAUCAGCGUAGCUUGGAUACCUCAUCUGUUGACCAAAGACCUUCUUCCCCCGAGAGAGAGGAAGAAUCAGACAUCCAGCAGACUGAGCAGGAGGGUGUUAUUGACCAGGUCACUACCACUUCACAGAGCGGAGAGACUGCAUAUGACCUUGUCGGCCUUGAAGUCACCAGUGAUUUGAGUAUCCCAGAGGUGCAAGACACUAGCUCUGAUCUUGUAAGCUCUGUGAAUAUAAAUGAAGAAGAGACUCCGGAGGCUGCUGCGUCAGACAGUUAAGAAGAGUUUAAGUAACUGUUUAAGUCAUAACUGAUGCUAGUUGCUUUGGAGGAGAUUUAGAGCACACUAGGAUUUAGAAAGCUUCCCUUAUAAUUGCAAAUUGCAUCACUGGAACUAUUUUUUAUUUUUCAAGACUUUUAUUUAUAAACAGUAGCCAUUGCUGCAUGUUGACUUGCACAUUUAAGAAAGAUAGUAUCUUGACUGGAAAGAUGGUUAAAACAAUAUGAAUGUACUCUUUAUUUCAGGCAUACCAUAUGUCUCAACAUCAAGCAGGAUGAAGCCUUAGUUGAGUCUUAGUUGCUGUUAAAAGUCAUCAUAGUUUGCACUAAAAAGCCAAAGGUGAAUACUAUUUCUGUCUUGUUGCUCUCACUGUUAUCACCUGUCGUAUAGUAAGAAACACUGUUAGAAAAAGAAAGUUUGAGCUGUUCACACAGAUCCAUCAUUAUGGUUUUAUUUUUUAUAUUUUGGAAUUUGGGGUGGAGGUUUUUAUUUUUAACUUUGAGAUGAGUACUUGUGAAAAAUCUCAGGCAUUUACCAUUUAAGCCUCUUUGCCUUACGUCUCAUGUUAAAUACCCGCCUUUCUUAUGUAUAGGUUUGUCUUUUUAUUGGUGUAAAUGAGAGAGCAAUGUUAUGUGCAGCUCUGUGAUUGUUUUCUGUUUCUUCUCUUUAUAUAGAUUUUAAUUAAAUUAUGUUUUAGAUUUUUAUGGAUGGAUGAAAAGUAUUCAAAUAUUUAUAAAAAGAAGAUGCUCAAGUUAAA